UUUAGGACUAAUUAUGAUAUACUCCUGAUUGGGUAUCUACGUGGGGGAACUACAUUUACAGGAGAAAUCCUAGGACUGCGACAAGGGAACUUUUAUAUUUACGAACCUUUAUAUAGACGGAAUAUGUUGCGGUACUUCAAGCCAGGCUGUAUCUGUAACAUGCAGGACGAACACUGCCAAAAAUCUAAUACUUCAGAUGAGUUCGCUCUGAACAUUUUAAGAGGAAUAUUCCACUGUAAUAACAGUCGUCUGUUACAAUCUUUGGAAAUGUGGCAAGUAUUGAAAAGUAGAGGAUUCGAUGGAAGUCCUCAUAAUCCAAUGUGGAAAAAGUAUUUUCCUGAAUGCCAUGGUGAGCAGAAAGGCUGUCGGGAAAAGUUUGCGAAUCAGUGUUCCGACUCAAAAGCACGAGUGAGCAAAGUCCCUCGUAUCAGUUUAAAUCUAGCGGCACAACUGUUAAAAACUGAACCGAAUCUAAAAAUUAUCCACCUUUUAAGAGACCCGCGAGCUAUAAUGCUUUCAAGGGAUGCUUUCAAAUGGACGCCCGCACCUGAGGGCUCAUUAUCGUUAUGUAAGAAAAUGAAGGAAGACUACCUUGAAUCGGACAUAAUAAAAAAGACUCAUCCGGAAAGAAUAUUGACUGUUUUUUAUGAAGACCUUGUACAACAUCCUAAAGAAAGUGUUCAAGAGAUGUACGAUUUCGCAGGAUUUGAGUUUGAUGAACGAGCAGUUAACCAUCUGAGACGCAUGACACAGAUAAAAACGAAAUCGAUUUCACCGGGAACUACAUACAGGAACACAUCUGCACAGUUCGCCAUGAGUUGGAGAACAAAAAUUAAUCGCACAAUUCUGGAGUUGAUGGAGCCCGGAUGUAGGGAUGUAUAUAAACUAUUGGGAUAUCCUUCGUUAAAAACAGAAGCCGACCUACACAAUAGUGACAUUCCUCUCAGAAUACUUAAUUGAUAGAUCCAUGUUGUUUAAAGUGAUGUAACAAUUCUUUUAUCAUGGAUCAACAUCAUUUAUUUCAAAACUAGAAAAUCCCGCAAAUCCCGCAUUUUUCAAUUUCAUUUAUUUGUUUUA